AUGCCGCCGAAAAGAGGGAAAUACCGGAAGUUCCUCCAAACAACUUCCGGUUCAAGUGUGCGCCACUCUCCCUCCACGCUGGGAAGAAACAUGGCCGCUGUAAGGUCGCCUCUGCUUCUGCGGAGCUUUCUGACUGGCCCUCGGGGCGUCUGUCGGGCUUAUUUCCGUGGCCGAAGCCGACCCCGACCCCGCUGCCUGUUGCAGCCCCUGCCUGGGCCAUGUGGGGCUGCGCUGCCAUGCCGCCGCCUGGCCUCCGAGGCCGCAGAGUCUGGUAACUCAGAGAUCAAGAAACCUGCGUUUAUGGAUGAGGAAGUCCAGAGCAUACUCAUCAAGAUGACAGGCUUGAAUCUGCAGAAGAUUUUUAAACCAGCUGUGCAAGAACUGAAGCCUCCCACCUAUAAGCUAAUGACCCAGGCGCAGCUGGAAGAGGCUACAAGGAAGGCAGUUGAAGCAGCUAAAGUCAAAUUAAAAAUGCCACCAGUUCUGGAAGAAAGAGUACCAAUAAAUGAUGUGUUGGCAGAAGAUAAGAUUUUGGAAGGAACUGAAGCAACCAAAUACGUGUUUACUGACAUAUCUUACAGAGUACCACACCGGGAGCGUUUUAUUGUUGUCAGAGAACCAAGUGGCACCCUGCGCAAAGCCACUUGGGAAGAACGGGACCGGAUGAUACAAAUUUAUUUUCCAAAAGAAGGUCGUAAAGUUUUGACACCGAUCAUUUUCAAGGAAGAAAAUCUUAAGACCAUGUACAGGCAGGACCGGCAUGCUGAUGUCCUCAAUCUGUGUGUUGCCCAGUUUGAGCCCGAUUCUGCAGAGUAUAUUAAGGUUCAUCACCGGACCUAUGAAGACAUAGAUGCACAGGGGAAAUACGACCUUUUACGUUCAACAAGAUUCUUUGGUGGAAUGGUGUGGUAUUUUGUAAAUAAGAAAAAGAUUGACGGUUUGCUGAUCGACCAGAUUCAGAGAGAUUUGGUCGAUGAUGCCAUUAGCCUGGUCCAGCUGUAUCAUAUGGUCCAUCCACACGGCCAGUCAGCACAGCAGGCCAGGGAGCAGGCUGCUGAGGGACUGAACUUAAUUAAGGUCUUUGCAAACACAGAAGCACAGAAGGGAGGAUAUAUAGAAUUAACACUGCAAGCUUAUCAAGAUACACUCAUCAGCCAUUCUACAGCUUCCUGAAAAAUAUUUUUUUACAUAAACUUCAUUUUACUAA